ACAUGAAGAGCUAUCCGGACCCCCUGGUGUCGCCGAUGUUUGAGUGGGGCACAAUGGAUGAGAGGGUCGAGCAAUACGAUUGGCACGGAAUUGGCAAAAGCAUCGAGGAGACGCUUACGCUUGCCGGGACGAUCGAUGGGACCAUCGCCGCUAACGGCGGGCAACGAGAGGAAGGAGGAUUCUGGGGGCAAGGUGAACAGCGAAACAUCUGGCUACAGCCCAUCACCGCUCUCACCGAAGACGCAUUGAGCGCUUCUCUCAGGUGGAGAUCGAAGGAUGGGUUCUUUGAUGGGACAGGCAAGCCAGAUGAUAUUGAUAUUGGUUCGCUGGUGGAAGGCGGGCUGCAAGCUUGGCGAGACAUCAAGGGAAAGAAGGUGGUGAGGGAUUGAUGACGGAGUAUCGGCAAGGUGAAUCGUAACCUCGAUAUGCGAGCUCG